UGAAAAUGCACUUCGUUAGCCGAUUCUAUUGAUUACGUUUAUCCCCCUUCUGCGUACUGAAUACAGAUACAUACUUGAAUUGGGAAAAGAGGAUUCAACCUUCAACGUUUCAAUUCUCAAGUGUCUCGUUUACGAAAUUUCAGAGCAGGUGUAGAUGGAUCUUGAACCCAAUAAUCAACCCAAGCAAGAGCGUUCAAGGACAAGAUGGACAGCAUCUCUUGACAAGAUAUUUGCAGACUUGGUUGUCAAGCAGAUUCAACUGGGGAACAGACCAAACAAUGUUUUUGACAAGAAAACAUGGAAUCACAUUCGUGAUGAGUUCAAUAGGCAAACAGAUCUUAAUUUCAAUAAUAAUCAAUUGAGGAAGCAUCUAGAUGUUCUUCGGACACGCUUCUAUAAUUUGAAAUCCGCUUAUGAUCAAAAUAAUGACUUUGUAAUAGAUGAUUCCUGUUGCAUAGGCUUUGACCAGUGGGAAGACCUAGGGGCGCAGCCUAGGCAUGAGACAGUUAAAGUGAAAGAUUGUCCAAUAUAUGAGCAGCUCUGCACUAUAUUCAUAGAUUCAGCUGCUGAUGGCAAAUAUGCCCAAUCUAGUCAUUAUGAAGAGUUAGACAAAUCUAUUGGAAUAGAUGCCACCGGCUUUGCUUCAUGUCCAGAAGCUAAGGUCUCGCAUUGUGAAAAUCCAUCAACAUCAAAAUCUAUUCCAGGGAAUAUCUCAACUGCAGAGAAGGUGACCAAGAAUUCUCUAGAUAGGAAGAGGAAACGGCCUUAUGAAACGCAAACUACUAGUCUGGAUCAAGACGCCUGCAAUGCUAUGGCAGAAGCCUUGUUCGAUAUGGUUGCUGUUUCAAGGUUAAGGGCGGUUGUUUCAAGUGUAGAUGAUAAAUUUUCCAUUACAAACUGCAUUAGGGCUCUGGAUGAGAUAGAAGACAUUGAUCAACAGCUAUACUUUUCAGCACUGGACCUCUUUGAGGAGGACCCUAAUUUAAGGGAGACAUUCAUUUCUUUAAAAAGUGUCAAGAUACGACUGACAUGGUUACAAGGAAAGUGCAGUAAAAGUCCCUUCAGUUAGAAUAUAUUUAAGCCAUUUUGAAGUUUGCUGUAAUUACAUAGUCAUAAAAACAACGUAUAGUAUUCCCUUCUUUUUGUCUUGCUGUAAGUAAUCCCGUUUUAGCUCUUACAACGUUUAGGCAU